GUCAUCCUGGCAGCAGCAAGGAAGCAAGAUGGCAGCGGUCACUAGGUGUUCCUUUACUUUGGUGAGACGUUUGCUCUCUCAUCAAUACAAACGACGAUGUUUCAGGGCUCAAAACUUCAGAACCAGUAAAACCCUUCCACUCCAUACCUUCCUGCCUCCACUGCACAAUGCCAAGUUCCUCCAUACGUCCUGUGCCAGGCAUGGACCAAUCCUUCAGUUUAAGCUGUCAGAUAUAGGAGAGGGCAUCAUGGAGGUGACGGUGAAGGAGUGGUAUGUUAAGGAAGGAGAUAAAGUGUCCCAGUUUGACAGCAUCUGUGAGGUGCAAAGUGACAAAGCCUCUGUCACGAUAACCAGCCGCUAUGAUGGAGUCAUUCGUAAACUCUACUAUGAUGUGGAUGCUACAGCUUUGGUUGGAACGCCGCUGGUUGACAUUGAGACAGACUCUAGCCCAGAGCUGACCCAGGAAGAGGAUGUUGUGGAGACUCCUGCCAUGUCCCACGAUGAGCACACCCACCAGGAAAUCAAAGGUCAUAAAACUCAGGCCACUCCAGCAGUGCGGCGGCUGGCCAUGGAGAAUAAUAUCAAACUCAGUGAAGUGGUAGGAACUGGGAAAGAUGGGAGAAUUCUCAAGGAGGACAUCCUCAAUUUUCUGGCCAAGCAAACAGGCGCCAUCUUGCCCCCUGCACCAUUCCAGGAGAUCCAGCCUCCGGCAGCUGCUCCCAAGCCGAAGGAAAAGCCACCAGCUGCUCCUAAACCUACUUUUACUGGCAAGGAUGUUACUGAACCUUUGAAAGGCUUCCAUAAAGCCAUGGUAAAGACAAUGACAGCAGCCUUGAAGAUUCCUCACUUUGGUUACUGUGAUGAGGUGGACCUCAGUCGCCUGGUGGCGCUGCGAGCAGAGCUGAAACAUGUGACUGAGGCUCGUGGUGUUAAACUCAGCUACAUGCCCUUUUUCAUUAAGGCUGCCUCCCUUGGCCUCAUCCAAUUUCCAAUCCUCAACGCUUCGGUGGAUGAAGGCUGCCAAAACAUUACCUACAAGGCAGCUCACAACAUCGGUCUGGCCAUGGAUACCAGCCAGGGAUUGCUCGUUCCCAAUGUGAAGAAUGUCCAGCUGCUCAGUGUGUUUGAAGUGGCCCAGGAGCUGAACCGCCUUCAGGCUCUGGGAGCUGCUGGCCAGCUGGGCACUGCUGACCUCACAGGAGGAACCUUCACCCUGUCCAACAUCGGCUCUAUUGGAGGCACAUAUGCAAAGCCAGUGAUUCUUCCCCCUGAAGUAGCAAUUGGAGCCCUGGGAAAGAUCCAGGUCCUGCCAAGGUUUGAUUCGAGGGAUGAGCUGGUUAAAGCUCACAUCAUGAAUGUCAGCUGGUCAGCAGAUCACAGGAUCAUUGAUGGAGCCACCAUGUGUCGGUUCUCAAACCUGUGGCGGGAAUACCUGGAGAACCCUUCCAGCAUGGUCUUGGAUUUAAAAUGAUCUUCUCAUAAGGAUGGUAGACAAAACACUUCACUCACCUGGUUACACCUGGUUACUCUAACUCACAUGGUUACACCCUGGACUUGUGGGGACACCAGACUAUAAGUCACCCGCCUUGAUGUUGUUUAUUUUUUCUUUUUCUGAAUGUCACCCAGAGUUGCUUUCCUUUUCUUGUUGCCUUUCUGAAACCCAUUGUGUCUGAUUAGCAGUGUUGCUGAUGAGAGGAACCUAACACAGUAGAACAUAUCUACACAGUGGGAUGGAUGAUCUGUUAGUUAGUGCUUUACUAUGUGUCAUUUGAAAAAGGACUAUUCAGCCUUACUGAGACUGAAGAUUUAAGAAUCUUCUUUAUGCUUCAGGAUAACUUGGAAUGAUCAAAUCCAAGAGUGAGUAGGAUUAUUUUCAAAACAGCUCACCCCCAACCCCCACACACACAAUGCUCUGCUAAAACAAUAAAACCAUGGAUUAAAGAAGCAAUGUGUUGUGUAGUGGCCCUGACAAGUCCAGUCAGUAACUAAUACUUUAAAGUCCAAGUAUCUCUGUAGACACUAAAUAAAGGAUAAUUAUGGUUCUUAUGAUGGUUGUCUGAAGCCAUUUAUGUGAAUGUGCUCGGCCUUCCAAUAGUAUAAAAGCCCUGUUGUGGUCUCUUCAGUCCAAAACCCAAAACAGUGGUCCUGAUCCCAGCAUGGGAUUCUGUUGACACAGGACAUCUAUACUUCACAUUGGUUGUUUUUAAUAUGGCGUCUACAACUUGUAAUCCUCUCCAGAAGAUGAUAGGUGGCCUGGACAUAGCCACGUUGUGUGUUAGUGAAGCUGCUUCUACAUUAGGAUGAUGUCGUAGUGGGAGUAAUAAAUAUUUCAAACAAAGGACAACUGCACUCUUAUUUGAGUUGUGUGUUAAAAGAGCUGUCUGCAGAGAGAGCUUGACUUUUCUACACAUGCCAGUGUUUCAACCUCCCUAACAGUUAUCCUUCAUGAGUUAUUGGAAACCGUCAAGACAUGAAUUUUAUUUCAUCCUUUAUUUAACCUUCAUUUAAUCAGGAAGGCCCCAUUGAGACAAGGAGUCUCAUUUUCAAGAGUCCUGACCGAACCAGCAGCUGCACACACACAUUGAGGUUGAGCCCAGUUAACAUGAAUAAACAAGUCAGUGCUGUUAAAACAAUAUUAAAGACUAAAGAUCACAUGUGCUACUGCUAGGGGAGUCCAUCGCCAGUAAAUUGAGUUUCUUAAAGGAUAAAUGAUCGGAUGUGUCCUUCUGCUAAAGUUGGUACUGUGAUUCUUCGCUGGAAGGACAAUCACUGCAUUGUAAGAUUAACGCUGGUUUGAAUGGGGAGUCAAAGAGGCCAUCUAUGUGAAGAGGGAACGACCGUCCCUGAACCGGGGGGGGGGGGGGUCCAAGAGUACAUCUGUCACCAUCUUACAAUGCUGUGAUUGCGACUGUUCCUCAAUCCUCUGUGAAGAGUACACAUGGCCAUUGAAACUCUAGUUAAUGGUCACACCCAUAUUUGCAUAUGAAACUGAUCAUUGGUUUGGGUCGUUAUGCCAUUGUAUUGUUUAUAAGGGUGGGGACACCUGCAGUCAGGUGAGACACUGAAUUGACGAUAAGGGUGGGGACACCUGUGGUCAGGUGAGACUGAAGAGGUCACUCAGAUGAUGAUGGAACGUUUCUCUCUCAAUAAACGUUGU